AUGUUGAUUCUCAAAUUUUUCGCUGCUACGGCACUUCUUUCCACCACCGUUGCUGGACGUCCUAUUGGUGGGACUGGUUUUGGGGUUAUACCACCCACGAUCAAGGCUCAUCCCAACGCGCCAUUCGACAGGCACUAUGGAGAACAUUCAAAACUAUGGGAUCCCCCCAGUCCAAAAAAAAUACCAUUCGACUUCAACUAUGAAAUGGGUAAAUUAGCACUCUUGAGCCAGAUUCGUAAAUCGCCUCCAAAAGCGGCAGCGGUUCCAUCCCGCUGGGUGAAGUCGUCACACGGGAUCUGGCAGAAACAACGUCCCGAGGGAUCGAUCCUUAGAACCCCCGGCAAUCGCCCUAAUCCUUCUGCAUCGAAAAAACAAGUCACAUGGAGCGGCAACGUGGUCGGCAAGAGAUCUGAGAAGAACGAGGAUGUCAAGGGUCCUGUCGACGGAGCAGAUCUUGAGAAAAGGAUGAGGGUCCACGAUUUAGCAGUAAAGAUCAGAGGCGCAUUCCACAAGCCGCCACCACCACCUCUUCCUGCGCCUAGAUACCCAGAGCACCGCCCUGAAGGAUCGGUCCUCAAGUACCCAGCUGGUCACCCUGAUGCUUCUGAUAAGAAGGACAAGUCAGUAGAUUGGGCCCCCGAAGUCUAA